AUGAUGAUGUGGGAGCGUCUCUCCUUGUGCUUGGGGCCAUUACUUGUUGUGCUGCCAGUAGUAGAAGUAGUAUCUUUGUCUUUGGCAUCGUUGGAAUCUUUGCGGGGUGCAACUUCUCAUACUAAUAGUAAUAGCCAUAAACAGCAAAGAGCGAUUGAAAGGAGUCUGGAGAUUGCAAAGGCCCAGGGCUACGACACUCUGUUUGGGAGGGACGCCAUUUGUUGGUCCACACAACAACAAGAACGACAGAGACUCGUGCCGUGUCCCGUGGGAAAUGCGCUCGUCGGCGAGGCUCCAACACUAUCUGACGACGACCGUGUACUACGCACAGGAGUGGCGUACAACUACACGGCAACGGUGGAACUGAACUUGACCAGCUUGGGGUUUGAUGUAUCAUCAUCAUGGACAUCAGAAACAAUAGUAGAUGUGGAGGUCUCCUUUGUGGCCUGUGGGGUGGGACUCUUGGGGGGAAUGUGCAGUCCACAAGUGGUAGACGACUACAAUACAGCUCAAAGAAUACGUGGAACGCAGCAGUCCAUGUCCAUUCCACAUUCUGUGGGACAACAAUUGAUCCAAAGCCCCUGGGUAGAAAGGCAGCUGAAUAUGUCCAACGAUACAGCUGGUGCCAGUAUCCAUCAAUUCCAGGAAACAAUUCCAUUCCGUGUAGAAGUUCCGGGAGACUAUGUUGUCAUUGCCAUGGUACGGAUCAAACAAGAACAAGAUCAACGAGUGCUGGAAAUGGCCAAUCAUGCCAUGACAGACGAAACCAAAAUACUACUACGCUUUCAGGAACCCGUCCAAAUCCAAGGAGUGACACCAGAAAUUCGAAUUGGUUCCUACGUGACCAUUGCCAUGGGAGCCAGUGUCUUGCUCUGGCUACUCUUCCAAUCCAUACGAUAUCGACACUCCCAAGUACUGCAAGUUUCGCAGGGCCGAUUCUUGUCCGUCUUUCUCUUGGCGGGGGUCAUUGCCACCACGGCGAGUUUUCUCUUGGAUCCAAAACAGGAUGCCUACUGCCAAUGGGGGGCACCUCUCGUCCUCUGCAGUCUGCAACUAUUCUAUGCCAUUACACUGGGGCGUGUUUGGAGGAUUCAUGCCAUUGUCAGUCCAGCCGUCAUGAAACUCACACAUCAUAUUACUACAAAUACAAAUACUACCGACCAACGUCGUCGUCGAACCAGUACCACCAGUACCAGUGAUACCAUGAUGGAAACGCUCUUGUUUCGACCCAUUCAAAAACUCACCUCCUACGUCGUCACGUGGGAAAACCAGAGUCGACCCACGUCCCUUCGCAAGAGUAUUUCUGAACUGCAACUCGUCUUGGUGGUGACCCUGUUUACCGUCCCCCAAGUUCUGUUGCAAUUGCUCGGUGCCACACUUCAACCACGACAAAUCACAUUCACUACAACUACUGACAAUGACACGGCACGACAAUACUGUCGCAGCAGCACGGCCGUGGGCGGCUCCUUCUUUUUCUACGGAUGCCUCGUAUUCGUGGGACUCAUGAUCAGUCUCCUCCUCAUGGCACGAUACACAAGACGAUUGCCCAGUCUCUUUAAUGAAUCACGUGUCAUUUUCGAUUCCGUACUGUCGUCCUUGACAUUGUUGGCCGUGGGAGCGGGAUUUCUCUUGAUUGGAUCUGGCACUGGCACUGGCAGUCAUAAUAAUGAUCCGUCCCUGGAAUAUCUGGUCUGUGUCAUGGUCAUUCUCUGUGCCACAUUGCAGGCAUCCUUGCGCCUCAUGCUGCCCAAACUCAAAAUGGCAUGGCGGGGAGAAACCAUUGUCGUGUCGGAAUUGGUCUGUGAACAUUCUCGGUUGAUGCGACAAAAAUUGGAAAAGUAUGCCAGUCGACGAAAACAACAACAGCAACAACAGCAACAAAGCAAUGGAGAUCAUCAUCAUCAUUGGUGGACCCACACGCGGUCGUCGGCACAGAGUUCCGAGAAUCAAAACAACAAUAACAACAACAACAGCACCAACAAUCAGGAUAGUUUUUCCACAGUCGGCAGUGUCUGGACCACACAACUGCGAGCGACCACCAACAUGAUGCCAGACGAGACGAGCCGCGGAUUCGAUGACACGACACGAGACGACAGUGACUGUCUUUCGCCGCUCUCAAGAAACAAACAAGAGGACGACGGAUCGAGUAUCCGAACUUCCAUGGCAGUCGUCGAUGGAGAUGACGACAAUGAAACGGAGGAUCCUCCGGAAAAACGACGCAGUACCGUACGUUUCAACGGCGAAGAUCUAAAUGACUCGGAAAACAAUAACAAUAACAACAACGACACUGUCCGAAAGGUAACUCGGCGUCGUCGUCACAGCAGCGUUCGAGCCGGCAACCACAACAACAAUAAUAAUCCGCCCCCUUUGAUGAUGGUCUCUACGAGUCGGCCACCGGAAUGGAAACUACUCUUGAAAAUGAUGGAUCUCGAACACAGUUUAUCAGCCAUCAACAAGAAUAUCAUGUCCGGUCGCCCGGUGUCGGAAGGAGACUGGGAAGAAGUCCGAGCCAUGUUAUCUCGGUUGGGACGAAUCUUUGACGAACAAAUCAUUUUCGAAUGGGACCAAGAAACUGCCGCCGUUCGUAGACCGCAACCAUCACGAGCUUGCGUCGUCGAGACAAAAGAAGACAAAAUGACAAGAGACAUUUCGUUGCGCAUUCUAGACUUGGUUUGCGAAGACGAAGCUGCGGAAGAUGUGGAGGAUUCCAUUUCCGUGUACAUGAACGCUUCGUUGCAUUCAGCGGCAAUAGAAGAAAUGCAGAGCACACACUUUGGCACUGCUACUAAUCCACUGGCAGUUUCUCCACGGGAAAAGCUACAAGAGCCUGAUUUCAGCAAACUCGGUGAGGUACUGUGCGAUGGACCGUUGCGGUUCAGCCCGGAAGUCGCGGAACGAAGCAUAGUGCAACAGGUGCAGGCACUCCCUGUCAUGGAACAGGAGUCGUGCCUGCAGCUGAAGAAGGAUUGGGAAGAUGAUCUCGAUCAUUCUGCAAUGGAAGGAGAAUCCCAUGCACGGCAAAAAUUGUUGUCGGAUGAAAUGAUCCUCCGCUUCCUCCGUCAUUCCGAAGGUCGCGACGCCAGGCAUUUGCAACUGGCGACAUGGAGAAAAAUGAAACAGUUUGACCCAAAAUACCAGUCUCUCACGGCUAAAUCCUUGGACGAACAAGUGAGCACCAAAACUCUCUUCCCACUUCCUGGCAUCAAGACGUUGGAGGGUGGCUGUGACUGUUUCUACAUGCGACCUUGCCGUUUCAACCCAAGAGACGUGUCGACCACAUCAGUCAUCAACAACUUGGUUUACUGCAUGAGCACAAUGCUGGAAAAAGAGGAUGCUUGCACGAAUGGGAUUGGUUUCGUGGCAUGCAUGGAUUCGUGGACAAUGAAGCACUUCAGUCCCGACUAUUGCUUCCAGUUCAUGCAAGGGCUCCAGGGGUACUUGACUCCUGUCAAGGUAGUGCUCUUCCUGAUCGUAAACCCGCCACCGUGGUUCGGAAAGGUAUGGGCUAUUAUGAAGCCAAUGCUGUCCAAGGAGUUUCAAAAGAAGGUGAAGAUGAUACCUGAAUGUCAAUUGGAUCAGUAUCUGGAACCGGGCUUUCAGCAGUACUUGCCAGAUGACAUGAUGACGGGGCAAGCAGACACAGGCGAGCUAGUGAGGGAUUGGCUGACCUAUCGCAACUAUCUCGAGAGCAACACUGUGGAGACAUUAAGCAAUUCUGCUAGCUCAGAGGAUGAUGCCUUGUGCAGGAGGUGUGAAUGGCCGUGAUGACUUGUGCAAGAUGACCUCUCACUGGCUCCUAUCUAAAGGAGCCAUGUCCUCAAAGCACCCCUCCAUAUUGAUGUUGAUGCCGUUGUCCAGCUAAAGAUGACUGCGACACAAUAAAACAGUUCUUCUAGUUGUUUAAGUACCUAUAGAACAAUGUAACAUAGAAUCGAAUCACUGUUUUGUCG